UUGAAAUUGUACGCGACGCACGCAUAAACACGCACAAAAGUUUUUUCAACGUUUAUUAAACAACAAAAAACGUACUUGUACCAGGUUUUUAUAAUUUUACUAGAGCAAGGCAAUUACGUCAACACUGAUUCUAGCCAGAACACUGCUUCCAGUCUUUAAAAAAGCAAGAUAUUGUAUGCCAACCCGCUCAAACCGAGAUGAGGACGUUCAGUGAAAUGUAGAAGUGCUGCCUCAUGUCAUUCUGCAAGACCCCAUUGCAAACACAAGCGUUUCGUCCAGAAAUCCAAACCUCCAAGGAACUGCUCAUAUCAGUGUAUGCUUGGAUGCCUCAUCACUCUGAACCUACCUAAAGUCAGCGGAGAAUGUGUCAUCACUGAAAGCAAGCUCAUGGGCCAAAAUCCUCGCAAGAAAACUGGACUAAAAAGAGACCAUUGAUUUCCAACGUACCCACAUCCAGUCGUAAGCUCUACAGUUGCCAUAGUGAUAACCCCAUGCGCCACCAAUAUGCCAGGCGGACAAAUGGAAGUCUUAUACUGAAAAGCAGUGAUAGCAUAUGGGCCACUGCUCCUGCAAGGCUGGAAACUCUGAGCGUUGCAGACAUAUGAUUGCAAUGUUGCUACAUGUGAACAGGACUGGCAUCCAGAACUUGGACCUGCUGACGUCUACUGAUGUUACACAAGCCUGGGGCAAGUUAAAGACGAAUGCACUAUAUGAGGCCUGUAAACUCAAAGAACUGUGCCAUGUACAGUGCAAACCGCUGCCAAUUCUGGGCACCAAACAACAAGAAAUACGCCAGCGACUGAUUGCGACAGCACACCAGAGUGCAUUGGCGCUGCAUCAGCGUGCCAGAAUGCACUAUAUUGAAAGCAAUCAAGUUUGCGAAUGUGCCACUAUUCAGGAGCAAAUUUUAAUCAAGCACAUCAUGAAGAAUGAAAUGGAACAAUACAGUGAACUUAUGUUCCAUGACAUGGCAUUCAGUGAUGCAACAGCAAUGAGAAUUUAUAAGUUUUCCAAAAAUGACCUUGCGAAAAAUGAGCUUCAAUUCUACAUCACACACAUUAAACUCACUGAAGAGGAGGCACUUCUAAUGUGCACCGAGACAAGGCAUCAGGACAACACAAAGUGGCGAAGAGCUCGAAAAGUGAGGAUAACAGGGAGCAUAUGUCACGCUUAUUUUACAUACAUUCCAAAAGAUCCAACAUCUUGUGAAAGCAAGGGGUCCAAAAUGCUCUCCGAAAGCUUUUGGGGAAAUAACGCUACUCGUUAUGGUAAACACUGCAAACAAUUAGCCAUUGAGAAAUACAGCAGCAUAACCAUAAACGACGUUUCAAAGAUCGGUUUCGUUGUUCACCCAAAGGAUCCAUGGCUUGGAUACAGCCCAGAUGGUGUUGUUUUCAAGAAUUCCAACCCUGCAAUUUUGUUGGAAGUCAAGAGCCCUGUACUGGGAAAAACUUCAACUGCUGCCCAACUUGCUAUGCAAAAGAAGCUUGCCUACAUAAAGAAGAACGGCGAAAACUUCACUGUGAACCCUAGGCAUCCAUACUUCUUGCAGGUGCAGCUUGGCAUGUUUCUUUUGAACUUGGCUGUUACACACUUCGUAGUGUAUUCAGAACUGGAGUUGAUAUGAACUGUGCAUAGAAAUGAUGACCACAUCGACAAACUUGUCCGCAAGCUGCAAUUUGUGUAUUUCAAGCAUGUUUUGCCGAAACUUGCCGAGCUUGCUUAAGGAUGAGCAGGCUAUGCAUUUCUGUUCAGUAACAUUUGGCCUCAAUUACCUGCUCUGCCAUGUUAAGUUCUUAAGGACUGAGGAUAGGGCAAAAUUUAAUAAAAUCAGAUUUAGAUUUUUUGGUUGUUUGUGAUGAUAGAGCUUUCCUUAACAAUAUUCGAUUCCCCACACAUUUUUGUGUGUUUUGAUUAAGCUGAACGACCUGGCUUUUGAAGACCAACUGACGAGCAGCUAAGUCCCUUUUUUUCUCAGAGCGUGCACAACCUGGGGUUCCUGGCUCAAGUGAAUAUAAGGAUACUUGCUUGAGAAAGUUAGUAUCUAUUCAUUGUAAUGUUAUUGCGCGCCACUUAGAUGACGAAGACUUUUGUAGGACCACUGUGAUACCAUACUUUCACAAUGUUUCCCAUAGUCUGAAAACGACUGGGAGCCGUGUCUGAGUGCAAGCGGUUCUUCUGGCACCCCGUAAGUUCUCAUCACUUUGCAGGGUAACAAAGAAAAAUGUGACUGGAACAAAUGUUUGCACAACUAACCACAAAAACAAGUUUGUGGAUUGUGUCCAAAAAGUGGUGGUGUGAUACCGCUCUCGUGCGGAAGGACACCUAGGCUUGCAUUGUCAAGAUUGCAGAUGUCAGCCGAAGUCUCAUGAAACCAAGGUGGUCGCUAUACACAGUUAUUAGAUGCGCGAAACCAUUGAGGUGUCAGAGAUUAUUCGACUGCGGAAUGGCUGCAUCAGUAUCCCAUAUGUGGGACUAACGCAAAACGAUGUAAUGUAUCUGUAUUCGUAAUGUAGGGUUGUGCGAUAGGUAUGUGAUUUCUCGGCAUGUGUGGUUAUCAGCAGUGUACUGUUUACAUGUUUGUAAAUCAAUCUUUGUCAACAUUUUCUUUCUAACCAUGAAACACGAUUGUACAAAAGCAUCAUGUGUCCGUCUAAUAAACCCAGCUAAAAGUUUG